AUGCAUGUGGUGGCACCUAAGGGUCUAAGUGGUGGUUUAUGUAUGUUAUGGAAGGUGGCUCAUUAUGUUGUUUUGGUUAAGUAUGCGAAUUUCCUUAUUGAGGUUGGAGUUCAUGAUAUCAUGCAUAACUCUACUUGGGAGUUUUAUAUGGUGUUUGCGAGUACGAAUGAUGGGGUCUGA